AUGGCCGACAUCACCGAUCACUCCGCUGGUCUUGACCAACCCUCACCUGGCGAUGAGCUCACCGGCAACGGCGUUGAUUCCCGAGGCACUAAGCGUCCGAGAACAUCCAUGGCCGGGGACGACGACGAUGAUGAUGACGAGAAGGGAGGAAGAGAGAGAAGAAAGAUUGAGAUCAAGUUUAUUCAAGACAAGUCGCGUCGCCACAUCACUUUCUCAAAACGGAAAGCGGGUAUCAUGAAGAAGGCAUACGAACUGUCCGUCCUUACUGGCACACAAGUUCUCCUACUGGUCGUCUCGGAAACCGGUCUUGUCUAUACCUUCACCACCCCCAAGCUUCAGCCUCUGGUCACAAAGGCCGAAGGCAAGAAUCUGAUUCAGGCAUGCCUGAACGCUCCUGAGCCUUCUGGCAACGAGAAUGGCGUCGACACCGCUGACGAUGUCGCUUCACCUGACGAUGUCCCAGCAAUGCCACCUGCAGUCGCAGCCACUGGCAUGCCACGUCCCGCUGCACACGGCGGCUACAUGACUCAAGAACAACAACAGCAGGCCUUGUACUAUCAACAACUUCAGCAACAAAAUCAGAGUGGUCAAUAUGCAGGUAUGCCUCAGAUGCCUCAACAUCAGCGAGCAUAG